AUGUCGCUCCCCGGUCUCGAUCUAACACAACCCUCCGCGGACCGCGAGUUCGCCCCAGCCCCGCCCUCUCAGAUUAGCCUUCCCAAAGGCUCAGAGUGGCGGUUCGAAGUCGCCUUUGGCACGACCGUCCGCGUAAAGCUCUUAGCCGGAACCGCCGAACUCUUCGGCACCGAACUAGCCCCCUCUCAAACCUACACCUUCUCCGGCACGAAAGCAGCAAUCUACACCUGGCAUGGAUGCACACUAGAAAGCGAGUAUGUGGCGGAGGAAACACCGAUGGUUGAAUACGCGAACGUGCAUUUUGCGCUGGAGACACUACGACAGGAGGCCAAAGCGACGGGGAAAGAUGGCCCGCGGGUACUGAUUCUCGGUCCUGAGGAUGCGGGCAAGACAAGUCUGUCGAAGAUCCUGACGGCGUAUGCGACUAAGGUGGGCCGGCAGCCGCUGGUGGUUAAUUUGGAUCCUACGGAGGGCAUGCUAAGUGUUCCGGGGACGUUGACGGCUACGGCGUUCCGGACGAUGAUUGAUGUUGAGGAAGGAUGGGGGAGUAGUCCCAUGUCCGGGCCGAGUGCGGUGCCGGUGAAGUUGCCCUUGGUGUAUUUCUAUCCGAUGCAGAACCCGUUGGAGGCCGAUGGCUCGGUGUAUAAGGCUAUUGUGUCGAGGUUGGCGCUGUCGGUGACGGGGAGGAUGGCGGAGGAUGAGGAUGCAAGGGAGACGGGAAUUAUUGUGGAUACGCCGGGAAUUUUGAGUCAGAGUAAGGCUGGUAAUGUCGAGAUGAUUAAUCAUAUUGUGACGGAGUUUGCGAUUACGACGAUCUUGGUCAUUGGCUCCGAGCGACUGUACAGCAUUAUGAUGAAGAACUUUGAUAACAAGCCCACGGCUAGUGCGUCUGCAGCGGCGUCGGAUGAGCGCAUUUCGGUGGUUAAGUUGUCCAAGUCUGGGGGUUGUGUGGAUCGCGAUGCGGCGUUCAUGAAGGCUGUCAGCGAGUCGCAGAUCCGGACAUACUUCUUCGGCAACCCAAUUCCUUCGACGGCAUCGGCAGCGCUGUCGCUGUCUGCGUCGUCAACGACGAAUGUUACGUUGUCGCCGCAUGCGCAGCAGCUAGACUUCAACGCUUUAGCGGUCUACAACUACACCAUAGCGUCAGCAGAGGAGGACGAAGACGAAUAUGACCCGUCGCAGCUGGGUACCGGCGAUGCCUUCCUCCCAGGUGGAAGCAACGACGUGGACCUGGCGCUGGCCAAUUCGCUGCUGGCCAUUACACAUGCAAGCUCGACGGCCAGCCCGGCGGAUGUGCGCGAUGCCAGUAUCAUGGGCUUCUUGUACGUGGCGGACGUGGACGCGGAGAAGGGCAAGAUCCGAGUGCUGGCGCCGGUUGGAGGUCGCGUGCCACCGCGGGCGAUUAAAAAGUACAUUGACUCCAGCAAGGUCUAG